AUGGCGUUGAUAACAUCACCGGCGGCAAGGCUCGGGUUGACGACGGUCCUGAUGUCUCUCCUCUUUGUGGUGUCACACGGCUACGGCGGGCUAAUCGGGGGGAGAAGGCCGGUAGAGAACGUGAAGACGAACAAGCAGGUGCACGAGCUGGGGAGGUUCUCGGUGGAGGAGUACAAUCGCAUGCGGAGGCAGAGCUUGAGGAGCAGCGGCGGCGGAGAGCUUCAGUUCAGGGAGGUGGUGGAGGCGGAGACUCAGGUGGUCUCGGGGAUCAAGUACUAUUUGAAGAUCUCCACCGUGAGGAGUGGACUCAAUGGAGGAACUCCUUUGUUGUUUGAUUCUCAGGUCGUCGUUAAGCCGUGGCUCCGCUCCAAGCGAUUGCUCAACUUUGCGCCUCACAAUUGA